CCGCAUUAUGCAUUGGGUUGCCAGCUGAUUGUGAAUAACAACAACAUUUCAUUACAAAUCGAAUAAAGGGAAGAAAUUAUGGAGUGUUUUCACAAAACGGUGGACUUUUUCAACAAUCUAGGAUGUUGUUUUGGCUGUAAGGAAGAAGGAAAUCAGAAUGAACCGACGGAAAGGACACAUUUGUUGCCUGGCUCAAUAAACAACAGUAGUCCUGCUAUUCGCACAUCUGAAACGGAUGACUUUCUGGAUCAAUAUCCCAAUUCCUUGCCUAAAAAUAAAAAAGAAGAACAAAGUGCUUUAAAUAUUAUUGUACAGGAUACAGCAACGAAUAUUAUCGAUGUUGCAGCCAUGGACUCACACAUUUUAGAACCUCAAGAAUACAAUGAUCGUUAUAAUGCGUACCAACAUAAAAUUGCCCAAUUAUGGAAUACGGUGAACCAUCCGAAAACCGAAAACUCUGGUCUUUUAAAAGAUAUUCCCAAUCCCCAAUUAGUUUUGGCAUCAGUGCCUAUUUCAAAUGAAGACUUGUUUCUUAUAAAAACGAGUGUGUCAUCGCUGGCGACUGCAAUCAAUGAAAUGAAAAUUGAACACAAGGAAGACUUGGUGGUGCCCUUCCGUAUUCCUUAGCUAAUAAAAGGCCGAGACUAAAUGUUCGGCAUCCUUGCGAAAUUCUCGAUGAACAAAUAAUUACAAAGUUUAUAUACAAGCAUAUAAAUUUGACUAAAGUCAUAUUUUCUAUAUUAUAAAUUUUAUAUUUUCUUCCAAAAUCUUUAUUUUUUUUUUUAAUUAAUUAAAAAGUCAUUUUGAAUUUACAAAUAUAUAUAAUAGCGCAAAAAGCACAACAUAAUUAAAUUUGUACAGUACCGUCAAAUAUAAAGAUUAUCCUAAUUGCUAAGCUUCUAUUCUUUUUUUAAAUUUAAAAACGAUGUAUAAACAUGCGAAUAUGUGUUUAAAUAAUUGUUAAUAUUUUCUUAUAAAAAAAAACAAUUUACAUUUGUAAGGAUGGAAAGAA